GUGUUGUGGGGAGCAUUGGAGGAAAAAGAUGAACCCAGCUCCACUUAUCUUGCUCUCAAGCUAGAGGAGGUGGAAGCAGGCGAGCUACGUGCUGCUGUACUCGACGAGGUGACAAGUGUUUCUGAUGAAGUUAAUGCUCAGUUUCAAUCAUCUGUGGAUUCAUCAGGCCGAUUGCUUGUGAAGGAGAGGAAGAAAGCCAAGCUCCCCUCGACUUCCGAGGAGCUUCGUCAGCGGCUGCGAUUGGAGUGCUGCACAUUUCUCAUGCUCGCAGCACGUUUUCGCACCAAGCCUUGGUUCGUUGAUCUUGGAGUACAAGAUUUCACUCAGCAUGUGGAUUAUGUGCUUGGGGACAAGGUCCAACCUCUCCAGAUGUCCCGGCCUGAUGGUUCAUCAGGCACGCAGGACGAGCGCGAUGAAUUCGAGAUACAGCAGCAAAUGAAGAAAGCAGUCCAGACAACGGCCAUUCGGAGCAUCCUCUUUAUGACGAUGAUGAGUGGCAUGCGUGCAAUGGACGCAAACAAUGGCGGCGCCUUGGGACCAGAUGGCAAUGGGUCAGACAGCAAUGUGGUGACUUCCGCCACGGUUUUUGAGUUCGUGGUGAGGCUAUUGUACACGUGUUUACUGUUGUUGUAUGAGCUGCUUACAGCGUAUCCCACCGCUACAGCAGUCAUUGCACAGGCAGUGGUGACAGUUACAAUGGCCAAGUAUGUGAGAAGCAGUGGGAGAGACACUCCCAUCGAUGUGGAUUCAGAUGGUGAGAGAAGUGUUUCGCCAGUGGUGAAGAAACGUGCCAAACCAGCAGCGACGACCAAAAGACGGUCAAAAGCAAAGGCAAAAGCAAAGAAUGCAAAGCUUGAUGGUCAUGAUGAAGAUGAAGGCCCGGUGACAAAUGAGCCGGGACUGUCAAGUGAAGAUGUACCUCCUGGAGUGAGGGUGAAUGUGCAAGUCGGCAAUGUAGCCGAUGGCUCUGGUGAGGGCCAACCGCUGCGUUACCGUGGCUUCGCUCCCGAAGGCGAGGCACGACGCAGUCCAGCUACGCCAAAGGCGAAUGUAUCGCCAUGCACGCAUGGUACAGGCGGAAAUCCGGGAACACCAACGCAAAUGAUGCUGAUUGCCUCGAACCAGAUGGUGGCAAUGAACAAUGAGAUGCAGAUGCUACGCAACCAGGUGGCUUCUAUGCAGGGAGCUACGGUGACUCAUGGAGUCACUUCUACAGCUGCAGCGGCUCAUGGAGCCGCUCUUCCUUUGGCAUCUGCAGUGGCCCCACGUGCCACACCUUCAGCCACAGAGAUUUCAGGGGCAGCACCGAACACUACAGCCCCGAAUCCUGAUGUAUGGAUAGCAAAUGAGCAUGGAAAGAAAUUCCAUCGGGCAGGAUGCCCGAAGUUGUUUGGAGCAAACCAGGUGGAGCAGAGAACGCGGCAAGAUGCAUUGUAUGCUGGGUAUGCUCAGUGCAAGAUGUGCAGACCAUGA